AUGGGGGGCUUCUCCGAGAUUGUUCUGGUAAUAUUAUCUGCUCCUUUCAUGGGACCCUGCCAACAUGUUCUGCUAAUGAAGGCAAGGCUUAGCCACUACCAUGUUGCGGCAACACCAGAGAGGUACUGGGCUCAGGCAUUCCCUAACACUCGAAUGCCUGAUGUGAUUAGCGCCCGCUUUCGCCCCGUUCAAUCAGGACUGCAGUGUAUGGGUUCGGGCAAUAAAGACCCCCGAUUCUUGUACUCCGACUUCUCUAAAGAGAAUCGUGAUCCAAGCGAAAGCACCCUCUUCUUAGAAAAGGACCUUAAAGUAGGAAUGAACAAAAUUCUCUACUUUCGCAAGUCGGAAUUCAGUUGUGCCUCUCCUUUCCUUUCCCGCGAGGUUGCAGAUGCCAUACCGUUCUCAUCUGCUGAGCUCCCACGCAUCUUACAGCGCUUCUCGUUUCCUCCCGCUUCUAGUGAGGCUGUAGAAGUUGGUGUUACCCUAAAAUGGUGCGAAUCAUUGGAAGCCGGGGAGAAAUGCCUCACUUCUUUAGCGGCCAUGAUAGACUACGCUACCACCUCUGCUCAGGACCAUAACAUUACGAUGCUCCGCACUAGCAUCAACAAGGCUUCUGUGCUCCAAGCUUAUACUGCAAUAAAAGUGCAAAGAGUGCCUACUAAGCCAAGCUCGACAGUGUGCCAUAACAUGCCUUAUCCUUAUGCUGUGUACUAUUGCCACUAUAUUGAAGAAGGAAGAAUCUACGAGGUGAGCAUGAAAGCGGAAGAUGGGAGCACAGUAGAAGCAAUUGCGACUUGUCAUGCCGACACUAAGGAUUGGGCACCAAUCCCAAUGUGGUUUCAAGCCCUCCCCGUAGGCAAGAAAGCAGAUCAACACAAUUACGCUUGCCAUUUCUUACCUGAUACGCACGUCAUUUGGGCUUCUGUUUAA